AUGCUCCCUUUCAAGGAACUCAACGCGGUGGCGCGUUUGAGCGUAGUUGGCCUCUUUAAGGACAAGCACCUCGUCACCGACCUUUCGAGAGUGGCCGUCCCUGUUGACUACUGUGAUGUUGAGGACGGCAAUUAUCCUGAACCUCAGGGUGCUCCCCCGCGUCCACCCUCUCUGCUACCACCCUCAGCUUCCUUGCAUAUGGAGCUAUCGCUCGGGGAACAACUUUCUCACGGGAGAUGCGGUACCGUAUAUCGAGCCAAGGUUUCACGAGUUUGUGAUCCAGACGGGACGAUGAUUUCGGAUGUCUUGCUCCCACCGUUGGUUGUCAAAGUCGCCGGUCGCCGAUAUUCAGAUUCCUUGAACCGCGAGACGUGGUUCUACGACGAGAUGGAAACAUUACAGGGCUCCGUCAUUCCCCGCUGCUUCGGUCUCUUCGAGGCUCCCAUCGACGACGGCUCCGUUAUCCUCCCCUGGAUUGCUCACGGUGUGGAUCGAGGCAGGUCAGAUAAACGACGGGGCAGUGUCGAUAUAUAUGGGACAAACCCGUCGGUUCCUUCUCCGCCGCGCGUCUCCAUACUUCUAUUGGAAGAACUCGGCGGUGAACAUCUUCCUUUGGGUGGAGAAUUAACCGAUGAUAUCAAGGAUCAGAUAUUGAGCAUGUUCGAUGAGAUAUCCCGAUUUCGUAUUACACAUGGGGAUGUCAGACACAGGAACAUCCUCAGCGCACCUAGGUCGCCUGGUGCUUAUCCGUCCCUUCCAUCACCUUACACUGGACGGACGUACGACUGGCGCAUCUUCGACUUCGACGGUUCCAGUAAAUGGAACGAUACCUUUAAGGCGGCGAAACAUUUCAACAGCUCGCCAGCUUCUGUGCUGUUGAGGGGAUUGCGGAGGAAUUACAUUAUCGAGCCAUGGCUUGAAUAG